UUUAUAAUAUAAACCUCAAAAAAGCUUACUAUAUAUUAGAUAUAACACUACCUCCCCUGUUCUCCGUCUCUCUCUAGAAGUAUACAUUUUCACUUUACUCUCUCUCAAAGUUUAACUCAAUUACGCCACCAUCUUCGUAUAGAUUUCUUAAAGGGCUUCUUAAUUUUGAUCUUGCCGCACAAUCUUUCUUCAAUCAUGCCUCUGUUACUCCUUUUUCUGCUUUUCUUGGCCAUGACUGGCCAGUCAAGUGCUACUUAUUGUCUGUGUAAAGAUGGAGUAGGUGACCAAGCCCUUCAAAAAAGCAUAGACUAUGCUUGUGGAGCUGGGGCUGAUUGCACGCCCAUCCUUCAAAAUGGUGCUUGUUUCCAGCCCAACACUGUUAAGAGUCACUGUGACUAUGCUGUCAACAGCUAUUUCCAGAGGAAGAAUCAGAUGUCUGGUUCAUGUGAUUUCUCAGGCACAGCAACCGUCAGCGCUAAUCCUCCCUCCAAUGUAGUUACUGGAUGCAGCUAUCCUACCAGCAACACUGGGGGGACAACCACCACAACCCCAACUACAACCCCGACGACUACACCCACAACAACAACUGGUGGAACCACCACCGGCACCACCUCUCCGACAAUGUUCCCUGGGAGUACGCCACUUGGUCCAACCGGCAUCAAUGACCAAAGUGGUGCAGUGGCUAUCUUCAAGACGACUAGCUUCUUCUUUUCUAUUGGAUUGACCCUCUGGUUCUCAGGCCUAGUGGCCUAGUGGCCUUGUGGGAAUUGAAGAAGGAAGAAAGAUUAGUGCGAUUGACGGUGUGAUGUGGGGGCGAGAUUUUGCCACGUAAUGCUGGGUGUAGUGUUUGACAACGGGUUAAUGUGUAGGUUCUUAAUCUUUUGGCAGAGAGCCCCCCACCUAGCACAAUUUUUUGUUUUGUUCUUUCUCCGUAAAAAGCUGGGAAUUGGGUUCCUUUUUGAAUGGUGGUGAUAUGAUUUGGGGUAGGAAGAGAAACCGAUCUCUUCUUUUCGUAUAUCUCCUCUAUAUAUAUAUAUAUAUAUAUACUUAUUUUUCUUUCUUUUGUAUAUCUAGAGAGAGGCUGUAAUUGUAGAGGGUAAUAAAAUGUAUCUCAAUUCCCAUACA